UUGCAACUCAAAGGAGAGAAGAGGGAUCAGGGAGGCUGUUAAUGUGACAUGAUGAUAACAGCGCGAAUGUGUCCCAUCUUCUGAGGAUAAACGGAGUUGCCCCUCUGAACCCUCUUCACGGUCUGGCUGACUGCGCCACACUCCCGGGAAAAACGCUUACGUCCCUUUUACUGACGCUGCCUCGGAGACGAGUAACCUGCAGCCACGUCAGUCACGUCUUCACAGCUGGCUGCAGGGCGGCCUUCGUGGCCGGGAUGCCACUGUGUGCCCUGUCAGUCAGUGGUGGAUCCUGAGGGGCAGGAGCUGACCAAUGAGAGCAGAGGGCAAAAGUGCCGCACACCUGCCAAUGCAGACAUGAACCUGUGCUGGAACGAGAUCAAACGCAAGUCCCACAACAUCAGGGCACGGUUGGAGGUCUUUUCAGACAACAGUGGAAAGCUGCAGCUCUCCCUCCAGGAGAUCAUUGAAUGGCUUACUGCAAAAGAUGAAGAACUUUCUGAACAGCUGCCUAUAGGGGGCGAUGUGGGAGCUGUCCAGCACCAGAGAGAGCUCCACCAGGCCUUCAUGGAAGAUGUGAAGUCCAGAGGGCCCUUCAUCUACUCAGUGUUGGAGUCGGCCCAGGCCUUCCUGGCACAGCAUCCCUUCCAAGAACCUGAGGAGACACUCCCUGAUGGCAAAGAGGUGUCUCCAAGGCGACGCAUCCUGAAUGUGAGUCGCUCAGUGUGGAAGCAGGCUAACGUGGCCAGUGACCUGUGGGAGAAACUAACGGCACGUUGCGUGGACCGCCAUCGGCACAUGGAACGAACUCUAGAGCGCCUCCUACAGGUCCAGGCUGCCAUGGAGGAGCUUGCAGUGGCUCUAGAGCAGGCUGAGGGUGUAAGAGAUGCUUGGGAACCUGUUGGUGAUCUCUUCAUUGACUCCCUCCAGGACCACAUUGAUGCCACAAAGUUGUUCAAGGAAGAGUUGACCCAGGUCAAGGAAGGAAUGAAACACAUCAAUGACCUGGCUCACCAGCUGGCCAUCUCCGAUGUCCAUUUGUCCAUGGAGAACGCCAGAACCCUGGAGCAUCUCAACAGCAGGUGGAAACUGCUGCAGGGCUCCAUUGAAGAGCGAUUGAAGCAGCUACAGGAUGCACACAGAGAUUUUGGGCCAGGAUCCCAGCACUUUCUGUCCACCUCAGUACAGAUACCAUGGGAGCGUGCAAUAUCUCCCAACAAAGUGCCCUACUACAUCAACCACCAGGCGCAGACAACCUGCUGGGAUCAUCCAAAGAUGACAGAGUUGUACCAAUCGCUUGCGGAUCUAAACAACAUCAAGUUCUCCGCGUAUCGGACUGCCAUAAAGCUGCGGCGAGUGCAGAAAGCUCUGAGAUUGGACCUGCUGAAGUUGGGUAGUGUGGUGGAUGUUUUUAGGGAGCAGGAUCUCCAGCAUGGAGAGUACGUGAUGGAUGUAGUGGAGGUGAUACACGCCCUGACGGCCCUGUAUGAGAGAUUAGAGGAGGAACGAGGAGUACUGAUCAACAUCCCUCUCUGUGUGGACAUGUGCCUCAACUGGCUUCUCAACGUUUACGACAGUGGUCGUAAUGGAAAGAUGCGGGUCUUGUCCUUUAAAACUGGUUUGGUGAGCCUGUGUAAUGCAGACGUCCAAGAAAAAUACAAAUACCUGUUUCGGCAGGUGUGUGGAUCUGCUGGUUUGACAGACCAGAGACACCUCAGCCUUCUCCUUCACGAAGCGAUCCAGAUCCCACGACAGCUGGGCGAGGUGGCGGCCUUUGGGGGCAGUAACGUGGAGCCAAGCGUCCGCAGCUGCUUUCGCGUGGCUCCAGGAAAGCCGGCUAUAGAGUUGUCUCACUUUCUGGAGUGGAUGAGUUUGGAGCCUCAGUCGAUGGUCUGGCUCCCGGUGUUGCACCGCGUCACGGCAGCGGAGUCAGCGAAGCACCAGGCGCGCUGCUACAUCUGCAAACAAUGUCCCAUCAAAGGCUUCAGGUACCGGAGUCUAAAACAAUUCAACGUCGACAUUUGUCAAACAUGCUUCCUGACUGGGAGAACAACUAAGGGAAAAAAGCUACACUACCCAAUUAUGGAGUAUUACACACCGACCACCUCUGGAGAGAAGAUGAGGGACUUUGCUAAAACGUUAAAGAACAAAUUUCGUUCGAAGCAGUACUUCAGUAAACACCCACAGAGAGGAUACCUGCCUGUCCAAUCGGUCCUGGAGGCUGAGAGCACCGAGACACCCUGUUCUUCGCCCAAGCUGCCACAUGCUGACACACAUAGUCGAAUUGAGCACUUUGCCAGUAGGUUGGCAGAAAUGGAAAACCAGAGUUGCUCUUUCUUCACUGACAGCCUCUCUCCUGAUGAAAGCCUGGAUGAAGAUCAGUACCUCCUACGUCACUCCAGCCCCGCCAUGGAGCAGGACUCUCCAACCAAUCAGCAACUGCUUGCACACAUCAACUGCCAGGACAAAGAGGAGCUACAACGCACCCUGGCACGUUUGGAGAAUGAGAACAGGGUGCUACAGGGGGAGUACCGGCGUCUGAAGUGGAAGCACGAGGAGGCGGCAGCGUCGCCCCAGCUGAGGGACGGUGGACCAGGCUCACCCGUAGGACAUCAGGACGAGGAGCUCCUAGCCGAGGCUCGAGUCCUCCGCCAGCACAAAACACGCCUGGAGACACGGAUGCAGAUCCUGGAGGAUCACAACAAGCAACUGGAGUCCCAGCUCCAGAGACUCAGAGAACUACUGCUACAGCCCAAAGAUGAUUCAGAAGCCAACGGCUCUGCUCCCUCGUCUCUCUCCUCACCUGUAUCAGGGAGGGGCCAGCAGGGGGAGCCAGCAAGCAGAGAGACUACUGACACAGAGGCCGCAGGAGACGAAUUGGACCAAGAACAGGACACAGUGCAGCAGCUGCAGGAGGUGAUUGAACAACUGAGGAACGUCUUCCCGUCUGAGCCAGGUACCACAUCACUCAUCUAACCCUGAGUGGGACCUGGAGUUUAUAGCACUGCAUGAUUUGCAGAUGGGGUCAGCUGAGAGCAGGAGGUGACCCCACCCCUUCCCCACUCAGCCCUCCGGCUGAGCGGUCAGACGGAUGGAGGGGUCAGAGAGCUAAUCUGCCCGCAGUGAGCCAAAGGCAAUCUGGUCGUCCACACACACUGUGCUAACCAGCUCCGUGUAGUUCUUCAAGGAGCCCGGCUUCGGCAGUACAGCACAAAAAGACAUUUUACAAAACUGAACUUAUCACAAUGCAAACAAGGGGGUGGGAGUCCUUUUGAUUCGGCCCCGUGCCAGUAACCUAACCCUGUGUG